GCCAAAUUUAUGGUAAAAGUGUAAACAUUGCAUUUUAUCUAAAGGUUGUAUAAUAUAACGAAUGUAUUAAAUCACUUGAAGGUUCUAUAUGAAUAAUGGUACUGCAAGACAUUUUUGAGAUAUUAUAAACUUCAAUAAUAAAUAUCCUUGAAUUUUAUGAAGUUUCAAACUGUAUUGUUAUUCAGCAAAAGAUGAGUUUUUAAUUAAAAAGUUUAAUCAAUGGGUGAAAUGAAUGAAAGUAUUUGUCGAUGGAGUUGGAAACCAACAUCGAUUUCCAAAUUAGCACAAGCUGAGCAAAAAAUGUUGGAAAAUAUUCGUUCAAGUUUUAGGAGUUAUUUUGUCCCAAUUUCUAAUAAUCAAGAAAUUCGAACAGUUGAGAUGGAUUGUGAUUGUUCAGAAAAAUUACCGCUGGUAAUGAUUCACGGUUUUGGAGCAGGAAUUGGGUUUUGGACUUUAAAUCUUGAUGAGUUAUCAAAACAUCAAAAAGUUUAUGCUUUCGAUUUGCUCGGUUUCGGUCGUAGUUCUCGACCUUCUUUUCCUUCAGAUGGAGCAGAAGCAGAAAAUUUUUAUGUUCAGUCGAUUGAGGAAUGGCGAGAAAAAGUUAAUUUAAAAAAGUUUGUUUUGUUGGGUCAUAGUUUUGGUGCUUACUUGGCAUGCUCUUAUACUAUCAAAUAUCCAGAGCGAGUUGAACAUUUAAUUUUAGCUGAUCCCUGGGGAAUACCAGAAAAACCUCCUCCUGGAGAAGAAAACUUUAAAAUACCCAUUUGGGCAAAAGUAAUUGUUGCUUUGGUUAGCCCGUUUAAUCCUUUGGCUGCAGUUCGGGCAGCCGGACCGUGGGGUCCAUCCUUAGUAAGUAAAGCUCGCCCUGACUUAAAGAAAAAAUAUGAGUGUGUUUUUGGAAAAGACGAUGAUAGAGUGUUUGAUUAUAUAUAUCACUGCAAUGCACAGUUUCCUAGUGGUGAGAUGGCUUUUAAAUCUCUGAGUAUUCCUUAUGGAUGGGCUAAAUAUCCAAUGAUUCAUCGUAUAAAAGAAAUUAAUGCUAAUGUUUGCAUGACUAUUUUAUUUGGUUCACGAUCUUGGAUGGACACCACAUCAGGAUAUUCAAUAAAGUAUCUCCGUCAUCCAUCAGAAGUUAAUGUCAAAAUAAUAAAUGGUGCUGGUCAUCACAUUUUUGCGGACAGCCCUUUAGAAUUUAACAGGGCUGUUUUAGAUGCUUGCAAGAGAGCGAAUGGAGAAAUAUCAGUUCAGUCAAUCAAUUCUGAAAAUAUAUGAAAGAUUGUUGUUUCUUUUUUUUUUUUAAAUAGCGACACCUUAAAGUAGAACCUUUACAAACAAUUUUAGAGGUGGAGCAGGAAAAGAUUCAGUGAUUGAGAAGGAAAAAUUUCCAUUUUACAAAAAAUGAGUAGUAUUAAGAUUUGUUUUUUUAUAUAUUUUUUAAAUUGUAUAUAUUUAGUAUUAUAAAUUAUAAGUAUGUUUAUGUUUUAAUCAUAAAUUAUUCAUAUAAUUUGGUUUUAUAUGAUUGUAAAUAUUAGAAUUUAAAUAUUAUAAACUUGAAUAUUUUGGAAGCUUCAUACCUACAUAUUUAUCAGUAUGU